CUAUCGUUUAGACCAAGCCGCCAUGUACUCCUAAAAAAAAGAAGUAGCAUAUUUGUAACCCUUAAAACGAAGUCAUGAAGCUUUUAACACAAGGAAUAGCUCAAGGAACAAUCCCAAUGUUUUGAGCAUCAUCAUUAUUCUCUGUUUAUGCAUCAUUAACAGCAUUAGUCACAUUAAUCCAACAAUUCUACCAUCAAUUCAUACCAACCCAAGUAAGACAAUACAUCACCCUAAAAAUCCAAGAAUGGCUCACAAAAUCAAACUCUUCCACCAAAUCAUUCACUCUUGUAAUCGAGCAAUUCGAUGAUGCUGAUUACGACUCUUACAAUCAAGUAUUUUACGCUAGUGAAGCUUAUCUAACCAGUAAACUCAGAUCUUGUUCGACUCGUCUCAAAGUAAGUAGACCCACACAAAAGGAUCAAGUCCUAUUUAAGCUAGCACAAGGUGAAAAAUACAAUGAAGUAUACGAGAAUGUUGAGCUAGAGUGGAAUUUCAUUUGUAGCAAAUCAACAAAAAACUCCCAAUACGAUCAUAUCGAAGAUGGUCAGUCGUCAUUCAAACCUCAUAAUAAGGUAUACUUUGAACUUGUAUUUGAUCAACAAUACAAAGAAAAAGUGUUUGAUUCAUACAUACCCCACAUUAUGAAAUUAUAUGAUGAAAAAUCAGAAAAAGAAAAGGAAUUAAAAUUAUAUAGUUUGGAUAAUGUAAAACAAGGGGGUAAUUGGAGAUCAGUAAAAUUUAAACACCCAUUUACAUUUGAGGCACUAGCAAUGGAACCGGGGGUAAAGAAGGAAAUAAUGGACGAUUUAGAGAGGUUUAUAGGGAGAAAAGAGUUUUAUAAGAAAGUAGGAAGAGCUUGGAAAAGAGGGUAUUUAUUGUAUGGUCCUCCUGGAACUGGGAAAUCUAGCUUGAUUGCGGCCAUGGCUAAUCAUCUAAAGUUUGAUAUUUAUGAUCUUCAGCUUUCUUCAGUGAUUAAUGACUCUGCUCUGAGGAGGUUAUUGCUUUUUACGACGAAUAAAUCGAUUCUUGUUAUUGAAGAUAUUGAUUGUAGUUUGAGAUUGGCAGAUCGUCAACUUAAUGUUAGUAAUGAUCAUGAGGCUGACAUUAAUUCACAGAUAUCAUUAUCCGGUUUGCUGAACUUCAUCGAUGGUUUAUGGUCAAGUUGCGGGGACGAAAGAAUAUUCAUAUUCACAACAAACCAUAAAGACAAGCUUGAUCCAGCAUUAUUAAGGCCAGGAAGAAUGGAUAUGCAUAUUCACAUGUCAUACUUAACCAUGCCGGCUUUCAGAGUCUUAGCUCACAAUUACCUCAACAUUUUAGAUGAACAUCAUCUUUUCAACGAGAUCGAACAUCUUAUUCAAACUACAAAAGUAAGCCCUGCUCAAGUUGCCGAGGUACUUAUAAGGAGUGAUGAUCCUGAAAUCUCGCUUUCUAGUGUUAUUACGAUGCUGAAACAACAUAAACUUAGGCAAGUUGAGGAGAAGAUAGAUUUUCCAAAUUUGAUGAAUGGAGGUUUUAGUAAUGGGAUUGGCCAUGAUCAUUUGUCGUCUGCAGAUGAAUUUUCUGAUGAUUAAUUAGGAUUUAAUUAAAUUAAGUACUCUUAAACACCAACAAAAACUGAUGUUAUUUUUAGAUUAAGUAGUACUUUUGUGUUAGAUCCAUUCUCAAAAUACGGGCGCAUAUUUUCGGUAUAUGAUGCUGAACCUUUUGUCUUGCCCAUGGAUGAACUGAAAUCGACAAAUUUAAUUAAUUGUUGUUAGUUUUAGAUCUAAGUGGUUAUUUGUCACUACAUUUGGGAAUCCGUAUAGUCUCCCUAUAUUGUCUAUACUCUAUAAUAUUGCUGCUAUUUGUCCUAUUUAUGAUUUCACCUUUAUUAAUAAACUAAU